GUGCGCGCUGUCGCAUCAGUCGCUCACAGUGAUUCUUAUGUUUUCCCAGAGAGUGGUUUCUCUACAUCGACGCCAGAGUCGAACAUCUCACAUAUAAACAGCUGAAAAGCGGUAAGCACAAAUGAUUUUUUCCCUCAGCGAGCGAACACUAAACGCGUCCAUUGCUUGCAACCGCUAGUUCAUAAAUUCUAGUCAAAAGGGGUAUACGACAGGGGCUGAAUUUGAAGUGAAGUGAAUGAAAAAUAAAAGUUUGCGAUAAGUUCAAUAAUGUCCACUUUAACCAAUUCUCGAGCGUCGCCUGGGUCCGAUCGUUCAGAAAGUGGAUUUGGUACCCUUCCAAUGGGGGAAAAAGCAAUUUUGAAAAGAAACGUUAAUAGACAACACAAUGGAAAUUACAGGGCUGGUUAUGUUCCUGUCCAUGAGCAAGUUCUUCCAAAAACUGGACUGAGAGGUAGAAAAACAUAUGCAUUUUGGACUCUUGUAGUUCUUCUGUUCUUCUUAGCCUUGGGAAAUUUACUAUUAACAUUCAUAAUUCUUGGAGUUUUGCGUCUUGGACAGGGAAUGGAAAGUCUUGAGCUUCUUCCUGAAGAAUCUCUGGUCAUGUUUUAUGGUAACACUGAUUUGGAUAGAAUUUACAAGCGCGAUGGUAAAUUGGAAGGUUUUGAUGAUAGUCCUGUUGAAAUAACAGGUGACAAUUCUUCUGUUCUUAUCAGUUUAAUUGAUAAGGAAGGUCGAAAUAAUCCUCAAAUUUCUGUUGAUGUAAAUGGAACAUUAAUCAGUGGAGUUGAUUCCUUUGAAGUUCAUGACCCUUCUACAGGUCAACCUGUUUUUUCAACUGGCUAUCCUAAUUUUGGCCUUCCAAGGGGUGUGGCACAUUUAAAUGUAAAAAUUGCUCACACGAGACGUAUCUCAAGUAGUGUAAAUUCUAGUCUUCUUUUUCAAUCUGAUUCAUAUGCUCGAUUAAAAGGUAAUGAAGGCACACGUAUGGAAGGGCGUGAAAUUGUUUGGUCUGCAGAUCAAGAUAUUUUCCUUAAAAGUGUCAAUGGUAGUGUUGUUUUGAGUGGUCAUGAAGGCAUAUCCCUUGAUAUUAAGAGCAUACCAAUUGUUCCUGGUGGAAGGAGAGCAGAUAGUACUGUCACAUUGCAUUACAAAGUAUGCGUCUGCAUGCCUGGUGGAAAACUUUUCCGAGUUCCUGUACCACUUGGAGGAAAUACAUAUGUCGGAUGUCAUAAUGUUGAUUUGUCCCCAGAAAAUAAUCCCUGUAUGUAGGAAUAUGAAUUGCAUUCAUAUUUUAGAAAAAAUAGAGGCUUUAAGAGUUUCACCCUGUAGUGUAAAUGAAUGAGUUUUAAUAUAUUUUGUAGCUGUUCGAAAGUACCCUCAUGAGUCAUAAAUCUGCAGUAAAUAUCUAGUCAUACAAACUUAACUGGUUUGCUUACAUGAAGAGAAGUUAGGUUUUGAAUAAAAUACAAAGUUUCAAAGACUGGUUAAUAAGAAUUCAGAAAAAGGCACAAAAUAAACAUUAAGUUAUGUGCUAGGAUUUGUUGAACCGUCACUUAACGUGAAUCAGCUGUUCAUGAUUUCUUUCAAUUGGGAGCUUGGAAGUCCCCAUUGUGAUGUUACUGUAGUGACAUUUAAACUCACGAUUGGAUGAAACUACAACUGCUGAUUUACAUCAAGUUCACGGCUAAGUAAAUCAUACUAUACAUUCAAAUUCCAAGCACAAAUGCUAUUGUAAUCCCCUUAAAGGUACAUUCCAGGAUCACACAUUACAUUUCAACACAUUGAUACAAAAUUUUGCACUUUUUCUUUUUUUUAAGAUUCUAUAAGCAAGGCAGUGUAAAACUUGCUUCUCAAAAUUAAAAGGUGAUUAGCCAACAUAAGUCAAAAGUCUUUUUCUUGUGUAACACAUCACUAAGUUAGGAAAAGGUGAUAUAGUACGUAUGGGGAUGUACAAGAAUUCAAGCUUCAUCAAAAUGUUUCUCGCAAAUUUCCUUGUAGACCUUGAAAGUCAUAAGAUAUUAAAUAUUAGGAUGUCAAAAGUAGGCAUGUCAAGGUUUGUCACAGAUCCACACAUUAUCCAGUUAUUUCAAAUAUUUAGGAUGAUUUAAUCUUUCCGAGUUCUAUCAACUAGCAGUAAUUCUAGUCUCUGGUGUUGUGUAAACAAUGAAUAAAGCCACGACUUCAUAACACUGAAUAUUAAAUGUAUCUAUCACUUAAAAUUAAUUUCACAUGUUAGAUGUUUUCCAGCAGGAAUGGAAAACUGUUUCAUGUCAUUUGUUUGGAUGUUGGAUAAAUAUCAGGCUAGAUUGUGAGUUUGGCAUAAGCUGUACUUCCAAAUUACGAUUUUUAUCGUAGUUUUAAGUAAAAUUAAAUAGCCAAAGGAAGAAACGCAACCUCCUGGAGGCUAUGACAGUACUCAGAUUUAUGGAACAUGCAUAACAUCUAAAUAGUGAGGAAAAUAUACCAGUUAGUGGCCACAAUUAGCGGUUUUGGGAAAGAAUAAAAAAUAGCUCCAAGGCAUUAUAAUACAAUUGGCAAAUCCAGAAAAUUGAGUUGGUUUGAAUCCUCUUCGCCAACUCUUAUACACCACGUACAUUUAACAUUUUGUGAUAUGGAAGUUUUAUUUAACAUGUUACUGUUAAAUGUUUAGUGGAGUCAUGGCUUAACCUUUACUUCUAAGUGGUAUCUUCCUUGAACAUCCUAGACAUUUCAUGGGAAUUCAUGCAAACAAAUAUAUUUAUCAAGAAUGUUGAUGUAGCAUGAAUUGAAAAAUAGUAUUUCAGGGCCUUCUUGAACAUUGUAACAAUGCAGGAGGAUUUGAUGUGCAAUAACUUCCAGUGUUCUGGAAAAUAUGUAGCUAUACAUAAUAAAAUAAAGUGGA